CGCCUUGAGCACUACACUUUCUCAAGACCUCUCCACCUUUUGAAGUAUGGGACGCAUCCACUUCGCUUUGACAGCUGCAUUGGCCCUCGUCGCUAAGAGUGCAAGCGCCUUCACUAUCGGUACACCCGAAGGUCUUGCUGCCGGCACCACCGGUGGAGGCAAUGGCACCGUCGUAUACCCUACCACGAAUGAAGAGCUGAUCACUUAUCUCAACUCUUCAGAGCCACUGGUGGUUGUACUGAACAAGACCUUCGACUUCCGUGGAACCGAGGGAACGACCACCGAACCUGGCUGUCGUCCCCAGUACACUCGUGAAUGUAUUGCCAAGAACAACGGCUUUAAGAGCCAAGAUGUGAUUCUUCAGAAGGGCGGUAUGGCGAACACCGGUGGCUGUGACAACGGUACGGAGACGACGGUAACGUACGACAGGGCAGCUCUGAAGCGUAUGACUGUUAAGGGCGACAAGACUAUCCGUGGCAUUGGCAAAAGCGGUGUUAUCAUGGGCAAGGGCAUGACACUCAACGGCCACAACAUCAUCGUACAGAACAUCCACAUCACGGAGCUCAACCACCACCUCGUUUGGGGUGGAGAUGCCAUCUACAUUCAAGGUACCGAUAACAGCACCACGCCUAUGAAAAAUAUUUGGCUCGACCACAUCAAGAUCUCUCGCGUUGGUCGUCAGUUCAUCACUACCUACAAGGCCAGUACCGACUCGAUGACCAUCAGUAACUCCGACUUCGACGGCAACACGGACUACUCGGCUUCGUGCGACGGUCACCAUUACUGGUCGUUCAUCUUCUACGGUGUGACGAAGUUCAGUAUGCUGAACAACUACAUCCACGGCACUUCUGGUCGUUCUCCUAAGAUUGGCGGUGACAGCGCUGCGAAGGUUGUCGCCCACGUCGCCAACAACUGCUGGGGUAACAACUCUGGUCACUCUUUCGAGAUUGGCUCGAACGCUUGGGUUCUUGCCGAGGGCAACUACUUCACCAACACCAGGAUGCCUCUGUACAACAAGGACGAAGAAGGUGCUCUGUACGCCGCCAGUAGCGACGACCAGUGCAGCAGCCUCCUCGGUCGCUCGUGCGUGGCUAAUGAGCUCGUCAGCAGCGGCAACUUCUCAUCUCGUAACGGUGAGACUGCUCUCGAGACCAUUAAGACGAUCCUUACCUUUGUUGGCUACACGUCGAGCUCUGCUCAGACAAGCGACUCAGAGCAGCAGCAACAGACCACUCAAUCAAGCGACUCGGCGGAGCAGACGGAGCAGCAGGACUACACUCCUGGCACGGCGAAACCCUCAUCUGAGACGACUCAAUCCUCCAUCCAGGCUACCGACAUUGAGAACGUGUGGGCCGAGACGAUUGAUAACUUCGGUGUGGGCAAGCUUGACUGAAUGGAGCAAGCAGUGAAAUUAUUCUCAGCAACCUAGGCACAGUUGAUAGUGUCCUUUCAUAGAGCUGAUAUGGAUUCACGUUUUCGAGAAUGUAGUGUAACCAGUAAUACAGUUGAUGGAAAGUA